AUGACAACGAGAAACUCUGAAAAGAUUUUAGUCCUUGGUGGAACCGGCAAGGUUGGCCGGCAGAUCACGAAGCUCUUGGCCGCAACCUCGAUACCGACCUUCCAAGCCUCCCGAAGCGGGGCAUCCACCACGGAGCCGGGCGCCGACAACAUCAAGCCCAUCUCCUUCGACUGGGAAGAUGAAAAGACGUGGGCAUCGGCUUUGGAAGCUGGCGUGAAAAGUAUCUUCCUCGUUGCCCCGCCGGUCAUGGACGUGCUGUCGCCGAUGCAGUCGUUCAUUGAUCAGGCGCGAAUGAAGGGACACGCCAAGCGAUUUGUCCUGUUGAGUGCAAGCUCUAUUGAACCAGAUAUCAAUGGCUACGCAACGGGUCGGCCGCAUGCGUAUCUGAAGGAGCUUGGCGACAAGGGUGAUGUGGAAUGGGCCGCAAUAAGACCGACAUAUUUCCAGCAGAAUUUCAUUGAGCAGUAUAACCAUUGCAAAGCGAUUGCGAAUGAGAGCACUAUUUACUCCGCUACGGCGGACGGAAAGAUAGCUUGGGUUGCGACCGAGGACAUUGCCGCAUGCGCAUACCAGCUUCUUACCCAGGAGGAUGCACCGAACGACCAGUACCUCAUUCUUGGUCCGGAAUUGCUCAACUACAAUGAUAUUGCCAAGAUCCUUUCUGAAAUCCUUGGUCGGAAGAUCGUGCACAAGAAGCUCUCAGCGCAGGAGCUCGUGGAGCGGUUCGCUGGUCAGGGCGUGCCUCGGGAUUAUGCGGAGAUGUUGAGCGGCCUGGACACAGCGAUUAAGAACGGCAGUGAGAACCGGACGAAUAGCGUCGUCCUCGCAUUGACGGGAAAGCAGCCAAGGAAGUUCCGUGAUACUGCUGAAAAGAACAAAGGUGUCUGGGCUGAAUCAGCUUAA